AUGCUCAGUCGAUCCCUCCCCACAACCUUUCCCUCGCGCAGCCCGGCGUUCGGCGCCCCGCAAUCGUCGCCGUCCGCCGCCGCGACGACCUACUCCUCUCCCCAGCUGCCCAGACCCGGCGUCGGCGCCGAGGCGCAGCAGCAGCAGACCCGCCAUGUGGUGCCUCCACGCCCGGCCAGCGUGGUCCCGACGCCCAGCCCGUCCCAGACCUCCACCAACUCCAACAGCCGACGAGGGAUCAGCAGCUCGACCUACACCCCCGCCGCCCAACAACAGUCUACUGCCGACAGCGCCAAGAAGUACAGCUCCGUCUACAAUCACACGCCGGCGGGCCAGGGCUCAGGCACACCGACGUCCGGCAGGCCCACGCCGCCGCUCGGUCGCCAGGGUUCAUCGAUCCUGUCGUCGUCGGCGUCGUCCAUUCCGGCCUUUCAGUCCAAGUCAGGCAGCAGCAUCCACCGGCGCCCGGUGCCGGCGGCUGCCGGCGCUGCGCCCACGACGAGUCCGGCCGCCGCUGGCGGUGAUGGCGGAGGGGAGGAGGGGAAGAAGGAUCGGCUCAGGCAGGAGGCGGUGCGGGAGCUGAGUCAGACCGAGCAGGACUACAUCAACGAUCUCGAGCUGGUCAACGAGGUCUUCCUCAAGCCUCUGCUCUCGCGCAAUGUGCUCGACAAGCAGGAAUUGGGAUCGCUGUUCUCCAACCUGGAGAUGCUCGUGGGCGUGAACCAAGAGAUCAUGAAGGGGCUCAAGGAUGACCCCAACGGUGACCGCACCGGCCAAACCUUCCUCGGCCUCAUGCACUACUUCAAGAUGUACACUGUGUACUGCGCCAACCAACCGCACUCGGACAGCACGCACACGAAAUGCAAAGCCAAGAACCCGGCCUACGCCUCCUUCCUCGACGAAUGCAUGGCCGAUCCGCGCUGUCGCGGGCUCACGCUACAGAGCUAUCUCAUCAAACCCAUCCAAAGACUCUGCAAGUAUCCGUUGCUGUUGAAGGCGAUUUAUCAAAACACGGCAGCCGAGCACGCCGACUACGAAAGCCUGCGCGAGGCCCUGUCGCAGAUGGAGAAGAUCGUGGAGUACGUGAAUGAGGGCAAGCGACAGGCCGAGAACAGCCAAAAGAUCAUGGCCAUCCAGAGCAACAUCGACGGCGGCGAGUUCCUGGGGUUGGUGCAGCCGACGCGGCGACUACUGCUCGAGAGCACGUUCGAAGUGCGAGUGCCCAAGUCCAAGACCAAGGAGCGAUACUGCGUGCUGUUCAACGACCUCUUCCUUUGCGUCAAAACCAAGAAGAAGGGCACGGGAUACUACGAUCCCCUGCUCCUCUUCCUGCAGGUGGCCAAGUUUAUCGAGAUCUCCGACACCGAAGAGGUGCACAAUUCGUUCGAGGUGCAGGCGGAGAGCGACGGCGAGACCAAGAGCGCGGUCUUCGUCUUCCCCAACCCGGCGAUGAAGGCCGAAUGGGCCAAGGAGAUCAAGACCAUCAUCCGCUUCUACCAAAAGCAGCGCCUGCUCGCCGUCAAGAAGGAGUCGUCGGAAAAGGUCGCCGGCGGAGGGUCGGCCUCAGCAGACAUGCCCUCGGUGCGGGCCUCCCUGGCUAGCCCGGUCGUCCCGCGGGCCUCGCCAAGCCUCGGCCGGACGAUGAGCAGCCGAAUCCACUAG